CUUAGCUUAACAUGCCGUAUUAUGUAAGUCGGACACUUUUCACCCUACUAGUUAACAGCACUUCACGAUGGAAAUCGUGCUCCGCUCGUUAAUAAUGAUCUUGUCAGUGACAGUGAUACUCGUACAUACUCAAUGUCCGACGCUGCACUCAGGAUUGUGUUUUGUCGACUGUACCAACGCUUCCCUGUACAAUAUCGCGUGUGAGGAUAUUAAGGGGGCGGAGCUGUACGGCGAUCUCAAGGUGUAUGUCAACUCUGACCAGCCGAUCAGUCUAUCGGUGUGGGAUUCUCCGUUAACGCGUAUUGGCAAUGCCAUCUUGAAUCCCGUUAGCAAUCAAAUGGUCCGGCUGAAACUGGACAAUCUACUGGAUCUCCAGUGGUUUCCCGAGUUGUGGAACCAGGCGAAAUUGGUGGAGCUGGUGAUUAUGAACAGUCCGAAACUGGACGAAAUGCCGCUGGAACUCUUGCCGGCAAAUAUUCAAAGCAUUACGCUCUUCCGUGUCGGCAUCACCGACUUCGUCAACGACUUUGACGAGACUCCCCAAAUUCCCAGCAUGGAAAUCUUCAUUAUCGCCCAGAGCCGCAUCAACUACAUCCAGUCAGGAUUCUUUGACUCCUUUCCCAAUCUCAUCGAUCUGCGCAUCAUAGACGCCCAGCUCUUCGUCAACGAAGUUCUGAUCAACGUGUUGCGGACAAAGAAACCACUGACCUCACUGCAGAUUCGCGGGAACGCAUUUAUCACCGAACAGGCGUCCAUCAAGCGUGAGUGGUUUCUCGAGGACAUUAUCAGCAAUACACUCGUGGGCAACGGGGCGCUUGCCGAUUUCGCGGACAACAGUUUGCCUAUUGGGUUGGGUGUGUUGCUCAAUUUGGAGAACCUGAAGAGGGUAAAAAAAUUCAGUUUGAGAGGCAAUACGUUCUCCUCGUUCGCUAUGCUCAGCCAACGACUGACGGACUUCAGCCAAUUAGAAGAGCUGGAUCUUAGCGACACCGGGUUAUUCGUCGGCUCCGGAAUGUUCGCCGGUUUAAAGAACCUGAAAAUCCUCCGUCUAUCCGGCAAUCAUUUCCAUGACCUAACCUUAGUAAAUAUCUUCAAGGGCUGUCAAGCGUCCAGUCUGCAGAAACUUGACCUUUCCGGCAAUGAUUUGGAGCUACUGCCUGCUGGCAUGGAGACGUUAGCCAAGAGCCUCACCGAUUUCAACCUCUCCCGUAACAAACUGCGCCUACAAUUUAUCUUCACCUACCAACAUAUACGCCGUAUUACACCGUUGUUUAUGUUCUCUAAGCUGCGAUCCCUCGAUGUAUCCUACAACAAUUUAAAGAUCUUUAUCGGUGCUUGGCUAUCGGAUUUGAAAGAGUUAACCGAUCUCAACAUUGCGUGUAAUCGUUUCCAGGUCGUCACCAAGGAAUAUUUCCGGAAUCUCCCGCGCUCACUGAAAACCCUGAAUAUGACCUUUUGUGCCGAUGACUCCACACAGCGGCCGGAGUUCGGUGCCGAUGUAUUCUCGACGCUUCCAUCCAUCUCGCGCUUGAUUCUGCAGAGAGGCAUGCUAAAAGAGACCUUUCUGCAAAAUCUAAAAACUCUCCGCAUUCAUGAUUCCUUGAAGGAGCUGGAUUUAAGCUACAAUGUCAUCGCUUUCUGGCCGGAUAAUACGACCAUGUUGCACACACUCCAUGAGUUACAGACCCUCAAACUCGGCUCCAACCAAAUGCAGUCCAUUGGUCCGCGGGCGUUCGCCGUCUUCGUCUUUCUCCAGGAACUUGACCUUUCGCACAACCGCCUCAUCGCCAUCGGGAAAGACGAUUUCGCCGGGCUGCAUAAUCUGCGGACGUUAACCUUGGCUGACAACGACAUAAUCAACAUCGACGCAGACGCGUUUACUCCGUUGAGACAGCUGCGGGCGUUGUAUUUGGGCGGGAACAAGGACGUCGGGCUGACCAAAAUGUUCCCGUUGGGUUCGAAAGCCGGGAAGAAACUGAUACAUCUGGGUCUGCAGCAGAUGCCGGUGGAGUGUAUUCCGGCGGAUACGCUGCAGCAGUUGGAACGCCUCAAAUGGCUGUAUCUUAACCAAUCGCAGUCGGUUAAUAUGGAUUUUGGGUCCUUUCGGCGAAUGCAAGAGGUCAUGACGGUCAAAUAUCCUUUCAAACUGUUUGCGUUCCGGGAACCCACGCUGGCGGAUAUUGGGUGUGAAUCGUAUGAGAGAUGGGAUGUCGUUUACAAUCGGUCAGCCAGAUUCGUCGUGACCGAUACGCACAAUAAUAUUCCCCAACAUAUGACCAUCAACAUUCCCGACUGUCAUAUGGAGGGCAGGCGGCGCUUAAAGCAACGAACACAACAUCUACCAUAUCGCAUGCGAGGAUAUUCUGGGUCUCGAACUGUACAAAGAUCUGCUUAUCUACGAGAAAGCGUCGGAACCCAUAAUCGAGCUGUCGCUGUGGAGUUCCUCAUUACAUCAACUGACAUCCACCAUCAUACAUCCUGUAGCCAAUCAGAUGACGGGGUUGGAACUGGACAACUGGAUCAAUCUCAAAAUAUUCCCGAAUUAAGGGACCAGUUUAAGCUCAAACGCCUGCGCAUUAUGAACAGUCCGAAACUGACAGAUCUUCCAUUAGAACUCUUACCGCCCAACAUUGAAAGCCUGACCUUUUACCGUGUGGGCAUAACCGCACUAUUCAACGAUUUCGAAGAGACACUUGCGUUGCAAUACAUCAAUGAGUUUGUUUACGAUGGCGGAAUAUUACAUUACAUCCAGCCAGCUUACUUUACUGUUUUCCCCAAUUUAACCACUCUCAAAAUUCGUGGAACAAACUUUACCAUGGCUGAGCUGUCGCAAGAUAUGAUGCGUACGGUGCGACCGUUGAAAAAACUGCAUCUCACCGGCAAUGAUUUUCAGAACGUACCGUUCAGUAAUCAGGAAAAGGUGCUGGAAGGUACCACUAUCAACGCAUACCUGGAGAUUGGUGCCGACAUGGAUUUUUCCGGCAACAAUCUUCCCGUGAGCCGAAUGGCGGCGGUUAAUUUUGGCGGCGUUCGCAACGCCCGAUUCUUAUCGUUACGGGAUAACCGGUUUGAUGAUUACAUAUCAACCAGUAGAUUGUUCCAGAACUUCUCCUAUCUGGAGACCCUGGAUCUCACGCACACUUAUAUAUUAAAAUCCGUGGCCAGCUUUUCCGGAUUACCAAGGCUGAAGAGUCUGCGAAUUGCCGGCAAUUUGUUCGAAGAGCUGACUGUUUCCAAUAUUUUCCAAAACUCCGAAUCGAUCAAUCUAGACAACCUGGACGUAUCGGACAAUAAUCUCCAGUAUCUGCCCAAGGGAAUGACGCCCAUCGUUAACAGUUUGCGGGUCUUAAAUUUAGCCGGCAACAAACUGGACUUAGAAGCGAUCAGUAAGCAGGCCCAGAAGAUCCAGCUGACACAGUUCUCCAUUUUCUCCAAGCUCCAGUCACUGGACCUAUCACGUAACAAACUAACAUCCCUCAACGGUAGCCUGUUCAGCCACAUUCCCACAUUAAAAACUCUCCACAUCGGAUGUAAUUAUUUUCGCCGCAUUCACAAAGGAUUCUUCGAGGGGCUCCCGUCGUCCCUGAACGUCCUCAACCUGACCAUGUGUUAUAAUAGCACGAAGAUUGUCGCCAAGUUCGACGAUGAUGCGUUUAGCACAUUGCCGGCGAACUUGAGGACGCUGAUCCUGGCGCAAGGCGACUUCUCCAGCCGGGUGUUCUUUCUGUUUAAACAUGCUUCUAUUCCGAAGCUCCGCGAACUAGAUCUCAGCUAUAACUCCAUCGUGCAGUUUCCGGGUGACAGCGGCCGCUUAGAACCGAUAGCCACGGUGCGCAUACUGAAACUGCGCGCCAAUAAACUGCAGUCUUUGGGCGGUGGACGGCUAGCGGUAUUGGCGUUUCUGCAGGAGCUGGAUGUGUCCCGCAACGCAAUCAGCGCUAUCGGAAAAGAUGAUUUUAAGGGACUGAGCAAUCUAAAAGUCCUCACGCUGGCCGGUAAUCAGAUUAUCGAUUUCGAAGAAGGUUCACUAAAACCGUUAGUCAGUCUGGAGGCCAUGUACUACGGAGAGAAUAUGUUUACCGAUUUUGACCGAAUCUUUUCGGGUGGACCGAGCGUCGGACGCAACCUGAAGCAUUUAGGCAUACAGGAAUUACCCGUUACCUGCAUUCCGGGGAUGCUCUUCAUGCGACUGCCGAGUUUAAAGUGGAUGUAUCUGAAUUCCUCGCGAGCGGUGAAUUUGGACGCGGGGUCAUUUCGGCGUAUUCAAAGUGUAUCCAUUGGCGUGCCAUUUAAGCUGUUUGCAUUCCGUAAGCCGAAUCUCUGGGAUCUCGGUUGCACAUCGUAUGAACAGUUCGAUGAUGUAUACAACAGAUCCUCCAAAUUCAUCGUUAAUGAUCGGUACAAUCAGGUGCCUCAACAUAUGGUUAUUCGCUUUCCAUCGUGUCAUAUGGACGCCCCAAGAAGGUUAAAGUUUUACACAGACGAGGUUGUGUGUUAGCGGUGGCGGGCGUGCAUAUUUGAAGCAACGUGGGUGUCUGUUGAUUGUUUGUUUUUGUAUAUGGUGAUUUGCUCAUGAGGUUUACCGUUUUCGUAAA